GCUUGUAUCACUGCAAAUCACAACAAACAAAGUAACGUUUACGGAAAGAAAAAAAAAAUGUUUACGGAAGUAGUUAAAGCAUCGUACUGGUUCCCAGAUGGUGAAUCCCCAGCCAACGGCAGCGUAGUUCCACGAUCCUCAGCGGAAGUAAUUGAUUCAACUCUCUUCACUCACCUCUUCUUCGCCUUUGCCGAUCUUGACUCUCAGACCAACAGCGUCUUUGUCUCCGACGCUCACGAACACGAAUUCUCCAACUUCACUAAGAUCGUCAAGCAGAAAAACCCUCACGUGCAGACCCUAUUGUCGAUCGGCGGAAGAAACGCAGACGGAUCCGCGUUUGCGUCCAUGGCAAGUAACCCCACCUCUCGUAAAGCAUUCAUUUGGUCUUCGAUCUCCAUCGCUAGAUAUUACAGAUUUAACGGCCUUGAUCUGGUCUGGGAGUUCCCAAACAAUGAAGUGGAGAUGAGGAACUUUGGUAAACUACUUGAAGAAUGGCGAGAAGCGGUUGAAGACGAUGCUGAACGCACCGAAAAUAUGCCUUUGCUGUUGACAGCUGCGGUUUAUUACUCCCCCAGUCACAAUUCAGUUUCCUACCCGAUCCAAGAGAUUGACGAAAACUUAGAUUGGGUUAAUCUUAUUGCUUAUGAUUUCUACGGUUCAACCACAAUUAUCAGUCCACCGGCCGCUCUAUUUGAUCCUUCAAACCCACCAAAAGGUCCAUGCGGCGAUUCCGGUUUGAAAGAGUGGAUUAAGGCUGGACUCCCGGAGAAGAAAGCAGUAUUGGGUUUUCCAUACGUUGGAUGGGCAUGGUGUCUAGAAGGUGGUCAUGAUGAGGCCACCACCCAAGUAGCGACAUCAGCUGAUGGUACUAUAAACUAUGAUCAAAUAAGAAAGUUUAUAGUGGAUAACGGAGCAACAACGGUUUAUAACUCGACGGUGGUCGGAGAUUAUUGUUACGCUGGAACUACUUGGAUUGGUUAUGACGAUUAUGAGAGUAUUGUGACAAAAGUUAGCUACGCUAAGCAGAGAGGCUUGCUUGGUUACUUUUCAUGGCAUGUUGGAGCUGACGAUAACUUUAUUCUAUCUCGCGCAGCAUCGAAAGCAUGGGAUCAAUGCUAAAGUCUAAAGAGACAGCCAUGGGAGAAGAAUUAUGCAAGAGGAAUUCGGACAACGACAAUGGUAGAAGUAAUAAAUAACGACGAGUAAAGAGUGUACCAUGUUUGGCUUAUGUUGUUAUCUAUAUAUAAUAGCAAACCCACUUUGAGGGGACUGUGAUGUCAUUGUUUUUAAUCCAACGGUUGAGGUCAAUCUUUCUAUUUAUCCUAUGGCUGUGGUUUUCUCUUAAAAGUUCUCUACACCAAAGGAUAUGUCUUUCAAUUGCAACUUUUUGUCGGCAUCCUUUAGUGAACCAUUGCGUCUCCCUCUUCUCACCACCUUUUAGUUGUGUUUCUUGGUCGUCAUAAUAUACUUUAUUGAAUUUGUAAUC